AUGAAGUGGACCUGGGUGCUGGUGGCAGUCUUGCUGUCCUUUGGGGCGCUAUCACUGGGCAAAGACAGCUUGGACUUCCCAGAGUAUGAUGGCAAGGACCGCGUGCAUGACCUCAACGCCAAGAACUAUAAGUCUGUGAUGAAGAAGUACGAUGUCAUGGUGGUGUACUACCAUGACCAUCCCGGAUCCAACCGCGUCGCCCAGAGACAGUUUGAGAUUGAGGAGUUGACCCUUGAGCUUGCAGCCCAGGUCCUGGAUGAGUUUGACGAUGAAGAUAUCGGAGUCGGCCUCGUUGAUGCAAAGCACGACAAAGUCGUUGCAAAGAAAUUAGGCCUCGAUGAGUCCGACAGCAUCUUCAUCUUCACAGACGAUGAAGUCAUAGAAUACGAUGGCGAGCUUGCAGCAGACACUAUCGUGGAGUUCAUCUAUGAUGUUCUUGAGGACCCAGUGGAAAUUAUUGACAAUAGUAGGGAACUGAAAGGCUUUGAAAACAUCGAAGAGGACAUCAAACUGGUGGGCUACUUUAAGAGUCACAAGUCAGAACAUUUUGAGGCGUUCGUCGAUGCUGCUGAAGAGUUCCAUCCUCACAUCAAGUUCUUUGCCACAUUUAGUCCUAAAGUUGCCAAAACUCUGGAGCUGAAGAUCAAUGAGGUGGACUUCUAUGAACCCUUCAUUGAUGAUCCAGUGGUCAUCCCAGGGAAACCUUACUCUGAGGAAGAGCUGGUGAAAUUCAUUGAAGAUAAUGACAGACCAACCCUGAGGAAGCUGCAGCCACACAACAUGUAUGAGAUCUGGGAUGACCAUGUAGAUGGAGAACAUAUCAUUGCUUUUGCAGAGGAGUCUGAUCCAGACGGUUUCGAGUUCCUUGAGAUCCUGAAGGAAGUUGCUGAGGAUAACACGGACAACCCUGACCUCAGCAUCGUCUGGAUUGACCCUGACGACUUCCCCCUGCUUCUGCCCCACUGGGAGAAGACUUUUGGAAUUGACUUGUCCUUCCCACAGAUUGGUGUUGUCGAUGUUGGUGAUGCUGACAGCGUGUGGAUGGACAUGGACGAUGGUGAAGACUUGCCGUCUGUAGACGAGCUGGAGGACUGGAUUGAGGACGUUCUUUCAGGUGAAAUUGAUCCUGAUAAUGAUGAUGAUGAUGAUGAUGAUGAAGAUGACGAUGAAGAUGAUGAUGAUGAUGAUGACGACGAUGAUGAUGAUGAUGAUGACGACGACGAUGAUGAUGAUGACGACGAUGAUGAUGAUGACGACGAUGAUGAUGACGACGAUGAUGAUGACGACGAUGAUGACGACGACGAUGAUGAUGAUGAUGAUGAUGAUGAUGAUGACGACGAUGAUGACGACGACGAUGAUGAUGAUGAUGAUGAUGAUGAUGAUGAUGAUGAUGAUGAUGAUGAUGAUUAUUAA